AUGUCUGCAGCGAACAGAGGUCUGACGGCCGCAAGCAGGAGAAAGCGCGCCCGCGACGAGGAAGAUGAGUUGUCAUCCUCAAUACUAGCAUCUAGUCCUCCUCCUUCGUCCCCACCUGUACUGCCCCGUGAUGUCGAGGCAGAGGAUGAUGUCGACCAAGAAGAUGACCUCAUCGGCGACAUUGACGAUGCAGACGAGAUGGCAGAAGAUGAGGACGGCAUUGACCUAUUUGGCGACAACUUCAUGAAGGACGAACGCGAACGACGAGACCAACAGAAUUACCAGGGACGAAUGAUUGACGACGAAGGGGAUUACGACGGACUUGAUGUUGCUGCCCGUCGGCAACUCGAGGAACGUUUGGACAAACGUGAUCGCGAACUCGCGCGCCGACGUCGAAUGCCCGCUGCAUUCAUGCCUGACGAAGAGGAUGAUACAGGUCUUGACCUGACCAGACAGCCCCGGCGACGUCGACAUCACUACGAUGAGGACCAGGAUGAGAUGGAGGUGGAUGGCAACAUCAUGGAGGAAGAACUCUCCCUCGAGACUUUGCAGGAUAUCAAAGCUUCGAAUAUUACAGAAUGGGUAACAUUACCUUCUGUCAUGAAAACCAUUGCUCGCGAAUUCAAGUCAUUCUUGACCGAGUACAUCGAUGCCACCGGAACUUCUGUUUAUGGGACUCGAAUCCGCACACUAGGAGAAGUCAAUUCCGAGUCUCUUGAAGUUUCCUAUGACCACCUAGCUUCGUCGAAAGCUAUCCUGGCAUACUUCUUGGCCAAUGCUCCGGCGGAGAUGCUGAAGAUCUUUGAUGCAGCUGCUUUCGAGGUAACACGUCUCCAUUAUCCGAACUACAGUCUGAUCCAUCCACAAAUCCAUGUCAGAAUAUCAGAUCUACCAGUCCAUUACACCCUUCGUCAGCUGAGACAGUCUCACCUCAACUGUCUUGUCCGCGUCUCAGGGGUAGUAACCCGUCGCACAGGGGUCUUUCCUCAACUGCAAAUGGUCAAAUUCACAUGUACCAAAUGUGGUGUGACAUUGGGCCCUUUCGCCCAAGAGUCGACAUCUGCCGAAGUCAAAAUCACCUACUGUCAGAACUGCCAAUCGCGCGGCCCUUUCACGUUGAACAGCGAGAAGACUGUUUACCGGAAUUACCAGAAGUUGACUUUACAAGAAUCACCCGGCACGGUUCCGGCUGGCCGACUACCACGCCAUCGAGAAGUUGUUCUGCUGGCAGAUCUGAUCGAUUCAGCGAAGCCAGGAGAGGAGAUUGAGGUCACAGCCAUCUAUCGCAACAACUACAGUGGCCAAUUGAACAACAAGAACGGUUUUCCGGUCUUCGCCACAAUGCUGGAAGCCAACCACGUUAUCAAGACACAUGACCAGAUGGCCGGUUUCAGACUCACUGAAGAAGACGAACGGCAGAUCAGAGCACUGUCCAAAGACCCAGCAAUUGUCGAAAAGAUUGUGCAUUCUAUUGCACCGUCCAUUUAUGGUCACGACGACAUCAAAACAGCCGUGGCGCUUUCACUGUUUGGUGGUGUAAGCAAAGAGGCACAAGGCAAGCACAAGAUCCGAGGUGACAUCAAUGUUCUCCUUCUAGGAGAUCCCGGCACAGCAAAGUCCCAAGUGCUGAAGUACAUUGAGAAGACUGCGCAUCGUGCCGUGUUUGCGACUGGGCAAGGUGCAUCUGCCGUUGGUUUGACAGCAUCCGUGCGUCGUGAUCCUCUCACUGCCGAGUGGACACUCGAAGGCGGCGCUCUUGUACUGGCAGAUAGAGGAACCUGCUUGAUCGACGAGUUUGACAAGAUGAACGAUCAAGACCGAACCAGUAUCCACGAGGCGAUGGAACAGCAAACCAUCUCUAUCAGCAAAGCCGGCAUUGUCACCACCUUGCAAGCGAGAUGUGCGAUUGUCGCAGCUGCUAAUCCUAUUGGCGGUCGGUAUAAUGGUACUGUACCGUUCAGUCAGAAUGUCGAGCUCACAGAACCUAUCCUAUCACGUUUUGAUAUUUUAUGUGUUGUGCGAGACACGGUGGAGCCGAGCGAGGACGAAAGACUUGCCAAGUUUGUAGUGAACAGUCACGGCAGAGCUCAUCCAGCUAAGCUCAGUGUGGAUGGAGGCGACACAGCUGCCAUGGAGACAGAUCAAUCAAAUGAAAGCAAUGACGAGCCAAAGCAAGAGGGCGAGAUAUCCCAGGAGUUGCUCAGGAAGUACAUCUUAUAUGCCCGCGAGAGAUGCCGACCGAAACUCUACCAGAUCGACCAAGACAAGGUCGCCAGGCUCUUUGCUGAUAUGAGAAGAGAAAGUCUAGCAACAGGAGCAUACCCCAUCACGGUCCGCCAUCUCGAGGCCAUUAUGCGAAUCGCAGAAGCAUUUUGCAAAAUGCGGCUUUCAGAUUUCUGCUCCACACAGGACAUUGACCGUGCCAUCGCCGUUACGGUUGACUCAUUUGUAGGCAGCCAGAAAAUCAGCUGCAAGAAGGCUUUGGCAAGAGCUUUCGCUAAAUAUACCCUGAGAAGGCCAGAGGCAUCACGAAGGAACAGAGGUGGACCUCGGGGUGGUAGCAAUGCUUACGAAGUCAUUUCACAACGUUCACGGCGCGUGAUGCUGGAUGACUAUGAAGGCGUUCAGAUGGCCACUGUUGGAACAUUGCGCUUUCAAAUUGGAAAUAAUGAUGGUGCUAUGUACAAUACCACGGCGAAGGGUCAGGUCCCCCGGUGGUGCUGGACACCAGAGCACUACAGCAAUACCGGGCGGGAGUACGGAGUAGCGGUGGUAAAGACGAACAAGGUCAAGAUGGCAGGGCCGCUUUCAGGAGCAAGGGCGGUAGCACAGACACCUAGUUUAGUCCAACAGACGCGUUUCAAGCCAUCAUUGCAGGAGAGGCACUUGUGUCAUGCGGCCCUCUCUCGGAAGUCUGCGCGUGGUCGCCGGUCCGUCUGUGGGUGA